UGGGCAUGACUUAAAUUCUUAGGAAUCGCCAGUAACAUGCUAUAAAUCCAACCCACUAAUUGCAAUUCACAACGACUUUAAUUAUCAAUUAAUCAAGUGGAAAUUGGAAGAUGGCAAUAGUUCAAGGGCUAGCUUUAGCAGCUGCAUUGAUUUUUGCAGCAGCAACAACUUCUCUAACUUAUGCUGCAUCAGUAGUCACCUAUGUGUUUGGUGACUCGUUGACAGAAGUUGGAAACAAUAAGUACCUUCAAUAUUCACUUGCAAGGUCUGAUUAUCCAUGGUAUGGGAUUGAUUUUUCCGGUGGGCAGGCAACCGGAAGGUUCACAAACGGGAGGACUAUUGGAGAUAUAAUAUCUGCAAAACUUGGGAUUCAAUCACCACCGCCUUACCUUUCAUUGUCAAAGAAUGAUGAUGCAUUGCUAGAUGGGGUUAAUUAUGCGUCUGGCGGAGCAGGGAUUCUUAAUGAUACAGGACUUUAUUUUAUUCAGAGACUGUCCUUUGAUGAUCAGAUUGAUUGCUUUAACAAGACUAAAGAAGUAAUCAAGACUAAAAUAGGAGACGCUGCUACUAACAAGCAUGUCAAUGAGGCCCUGUAUUUCAUUGGAAUUGGCAGCAAUGACUAUGUGAACAAUUUUCUGCAGCCAUUUUUAGCAGACGGGCAACAGUACACACAUGAUGAAUUUCUGGAACUCUUAAUAUCCACAUUAGAUCAACAACUUAUAAGGCUAUACCAACUGGGUGCAAGAAAAGCAGUCUUCCAUGGGCUUGGCCCUCUGGGCUGCAUUCCUUCCCAAAGAGUGAAAUCCAAGAAAGGUAUAUGCUUGAAGCGAGUGAAUGAAUGGGCAUUGGAAUUCAACUCCAGAGCGCAGAAGCUAUUAAAUACUCUGAACCAACGACUCCCCAGUGCCAAAUUCUUGUUUGCAGAUACAUAUGGAGAUGUUCUGGAUUUAAUCAACAAUCCUACAGCUUAUGGUUUCAAGGUCUCCAACACUUCAUGUUGCAAUGUGGAUACGACCGUAGGAGGCUUAUGCUUGCCCAACUCAAAAUUAUGCAAAAAUCGCAAGGAAUAUGUUUUCUGGGACGCAUUUCAUCCUUCUGAUGCAGCAAAUCAAGUUCUAGCUGAAAAAUUCUUUUCCUUACUAUUUUCCAAUAACCCUUCUCCUUCUCCUGCACCAAAGCCUUCUCCUUCCCAUUGAAAGGAGCAGGACAUUUGAGAGCUAAUUGUAAUAAAAAAAAAAAAACUUAAAACUUAAACCUUGAUUAAUAGGUCAACAUAAAUGAUUGAUAUAAAAUAACAUAAACUUUCUUUAUUAUUCCAAAAUUAAUCAUUUUACAAAUUUACAUUACGCCCCCAAAUUUUGGGAUAAAGGCUGGCUUAAUUGAGUUGUACAUUACGCCCCGAAAAUCUUUAUGAAAAAUGCUAUGUUUGUUCUUACUUACCAUUCAUUUCAUCGUGAAGAUUAGAUCAAUUAAAUAUGAAAAAGGAAUUGCUCUCAGUUGAAUGGCCAAAGUUUGUCCACAGGAGAGAGCUUGAAAGCGGGCAAUCCAAAUCCUUCUUUGAUCAAGGCAAACUAACUACUUGUAAGUGCUUGAUAGAGCCUUCUUCUUCUCCCUAAAAGACAGAGAUCCAAUGAACCUCCAUUCCACUAGAAAAAAGAAUCAUCAAGCGCCCAUCAAGCACAAACAAGUGCUGCUACUUGCCUUAAACAAAGGCUGAUCCAAUACCCAUCCUCCAAACCCUAGGUUCGGUGUGGUUAAAGCAACUUCAAUCAUCAUCGAGCAAAAAAAAAAAAAAGGAGAAAAUUUGUGGAACCUACGAGAAAAAGCAAAAUCCAUUGAAAAUAGAAAUCUGCUUGUCCAUAAGCACCUUUGAUUUCGCAUCGCUUCGUAUUCUCUGAGCUAUAAAAUCAUAAAAACACAGAGAAUCAUAGGCAGAUGCUUGUUUGUUGAUUAAUCAGACCCACAGAUGACACAAACAGAAAACAAAA